GUGCCUCCUUGUCUAAUAAUGUUAGCAGUUUUAGCUGUUGGAUUGUUCCUAUUGGGACUAGCAUCAGGUGGUUCACCUAAUGCUAAUCUACCUCAUAUUGUCAUGAUGCUUGUUGAUGACUGGGGCUGGGCUAAUGUCGGAUAUCAUCGGAAUCCACCAACACGUGAAGUUGUUACACCAAAUAUUGAUGGAUUGGUUAAACAAGGUCUGGAACUCAAUCAGCAUUAUGUCUAUCAGGUUUGCUCUCCUUCUCGCUCAUCAUUAAUCAGUGGAAGAUUACCAAUACAUGUUAAUGAUUUGAAUGUGGAUCCAGAUCAUUAUAAUCCUGAUGAUCUAGUUUCAGGAUAUGCAGGUAUUCCACGUAACAUGACUGGUAUUGCAGAGAAGAUGAGAGGAGCUGGUUAUGCUACACAUCAAGUAGGCAAAUGGGAUGCUGGAAUGGCAACACCAGACCACACACCAAAAGGACGAGGAUUUGAUACCUCAUUUGGUUACUUUCAUCAUGCUAACGAUUAUUAUAAUGAAACAAUUGGAGUUUGCAAUAGAACUCCAAUAGUUGAUCUAUGGGACACAGAUAAACCUGCUCAUGGUAUCAAUGGUACUGGACCUGAUAAUUAUGAAGAAGGAUUGUUUAAGGAGAGACUUCUUAAUAUUGUAAGCAAGCAUGAUCCUAGUACACCUCUCUUCCUGUAUUAUGCUCCACAUAUUGUGCAUAAGCCUUUACAAGUUCCCGGAUAAAUACUUGAAUAAAUUUAGUUU